AUGGCCACUUUCCCGAGAUUUGUCGCUGCAGCCUCGAGAACAUCCAGAGGAUUUCACAGGCAACUUAUCGUGUCCAACCCCCGGAUUUGGCAAACCCUACAUACUUCCACCCACACCCAUGCAAAGAAGAAAAAGCAGCAAGUCGUCAAAGACGACGACAUGUUUUUGUCCGAGAGCGACGAAGAAGACUUCAGCCUCUCAGGCAAUACCAAAGCGCGAGAACAAAAAUCUCACUCGCUCUUUGAAGACAAGGCUCUCCAACUCGUCGAACAAAAGCGCGCAGAAGAGUUUUCAACUUUGCAUUCCUGGCUCAUCGCGUCUACUGGACACAGGGGUAAACAAGGUCGACUUCGACCCAAGAAUGAGGACCUGCGACGGCUGGUGUCCAUGGCGAAAACGGAUGCAGAAUUCCACCAAGUCAUUACUGUUCUACGGCAAUGGCGUGCAUACCCUGCUCGUACGCAUAGAGUAUCACUAGAAGUAGCCCUUCUCGAAAAGGCAAUCGAAACAUCAAACGUCCCGCUUCUCAUUCCUGUUCUUAUGCAUCACCCACUCUAUGGAAUCAGCGUCCCGUCAUUGCAACUCGCCAGAAGGCUCCUAAAGUCAAUCAUCUCCCCCGUCAACGCUUACCCUCCUCCCUAUUCGCCGUCUAAUCGCGUCAACUCGGAACAAUCGACCGACUUUGUAUCAGAGGAUCACGUUACACAAGCAUUGCAACUUACCGAAGUCCUCUCAGUGACCAUUCUCCCGCCCAUCGAGUCGUCGCAACCUCCUCCCCUUUCACCAUCCAGCGAUCUCGUAGGGGGAGUAAUGCUCCUUUCUCUUCUCCUACGAGUCCCAAUGAGCGGCAUGGUCGAAGAUAAAAGCCCACACCUCACCGCCAUAGUCGAGCUCGCGCAAAAGCUACAGAGCGGAUCCGAAAGGAAGACGAUCAGCAGACCCGAAGAUGCUCGUGAGAGACUCUGGACGCUCGCGGCGCUUCGCGAAUGUCAAGCAGCUCUCAUGUCCGAGGAAAUCGUCGCCGCGCUUGAUCGGGUCAAGUCUGAGGGCAAGCUGAAGAUGGACGCAAAGUCGCUUUCGACAUGGAUAGCGUCCGAGAUGUUGGAAUUGGAAGGACGUCUUAGUUCGAUGGGCCUGACGGUUGUCAAAAAGGCGCGGAUUCCCUCUUCCCCACCUCGACCAAGGGCACAUGCCGAACAAAGCGCGUCGAUAUGA